GAGUUGGUGGUAACCAAUCUUGGAAAUAGGUUAUUACUCUACAUUUACUUGAAUACACACGUGUAUUAUGAUACCUAGGCUUCCACCAGUGAUCUUAUUAGCUAUUGGAGGUGCUUCGAUUUACGGAAUCAAGUAUUGGAUGGAUAAAAUGGAGACCAAGUCUUUGACAGGAUCACCUGAGCAAGCAGAGGCAGCAAAGCGACAUUUACGAAAUGUAAAGAUAGCUACUCGCUUAGGUAUUGGAUCUGUCGCUAUGGGCGCAGCAUAUUAUGUCUAUGAUUCUUGGAAAGAACGACCUACUCCAUCCGUUGUAAAAGUCAAAGACUCUGAAUUUUAUGAUAAUCAGUACUCAAGCAGAGACCACUCUUAUGAAAAAACUUCACAAUCUAUCGAACAGGAACAAAGAAUUAGAGCAGAAUCAAAUCUGAAACGAUUAAAAGAAGAAUUUGUCAAUAAAAAAUAA